AUGCCCGUUUCAAAAGAUCAUUAUUACCGUCUUGCAUCUGAGAUUGAGCAGGAAAGGAUUGAAGCGGCUGUGGCGCUUGUGGAUGAGUUAAACGCCGCCAAUAGCGAUGCUGACUGGAGCUAUGCCUACGACCGUCUUAUCAAAGGCCUUUCGUCCACCAGAGCGGCUGCACGCAUCGGAUUUUCGAUGUGUUUGGGAGAGAUAAUUUCACUGAUGGAGGAAAGAGACAUGUUCACCACUCACGAAUUUUUCAGGGAUCUGGAUUCGAAAUUGGCCUCGACCACCUCGAAGAAUAACGGACGCUCCGAACGUGCUCUGCUCUUCGGCAGAUUGUUCGGAUUACAGGCCUUGUUGAACUCGGAGUUCAUGAGAAAAUCACUGGAAAAUGGAGCUACAGAAACUCUGAUUGAAAUCAACAAGGAGCUGAUCUUUCUGUCACUAGCCAAGCCUUGGAUCAGAGAGGCCGUUUUCUUUGCAAUUCAACAGGCACUGGUACGCUAUCAUAUUGUCUCACAAUCUGUUGCAAUUCCAGCUUUCGAAAGAGCACUUUCACAGCUGUUGGUUCAAAUUCAUGAAGCUGGUUUGACGCUGUCCACUGAAGGACUGCUGAUAUACCUCACCAUUCCAGCUGCUCUCAGGCCAAUAGCUGGCGAAAGGGCCGGAUUCGAUUUGCAGGGUGGAUCCUUCUGGAAGGGAGGUGACCCCACAUUGAGACCAAACCUGCAGAUAUUAGCAAAGAUCCUCAAAGAGGCCCCUGUGGAAAACUCCGAGGACGGAGAAAAGACUGCACAGAAACAAAAGAGUAACUGGACCACUGCCAUACCGCAUUCUUGGAAGCUACUGUUUGCUGAGACUAUAGCUGGUGAUAUUGAAGAUGAUGUCGAGAUUUUUCAGGAUGAGAACUCCAAGAAGAGAAAGAAGGGAUCCAGUAAAGGGUCCAAUAAAAAGGCCAAAAAGGUUACGGUGACAGAAAAGAUUAAGCUUCACGAGCUUUGGACAGCUGGAGUUGAUCAACAGCUGUUUGCACUUUCAGCCUCUCCCGAGAGGAAAUUUACCGGGUUUGAGCUGUUCAGAUUUUUAAUCCAAAGUCCUCAAUUACCACCAGACCAGGUCAAUGCUAUCUUUAGUCCGAAUUUCCUCCGGACUCUGAUAAACCAAUCUGCCAAACAGGAUAGAACUCUGAACAAGAUUUCCGAACUUGUGCUCAAAACGAUUGUCCAGGUUAGUUCUGAGUUUCCAAAGAAAGCCUUUCCUAUUUUGAAAGCCCUUCUUUCCAAACCCGUGGGAACAAUCAACUUCGACAGACUCUCGAAGUCGAGAACCGUGGAGCAGAUUGUUAACUCCACUGAUGAUGAUGAUCUGGUGGAUGUGAUAUCCUUCUUGACAGAGCUUUCCUCUCAAGAGAAGCUGAUGGAGGAUAUAGUGAAGUGCCAAAACUUUGUACUGGACACAAUGCUUCAUCUGGUCAGAUCCAAGAAGCAACAUCUAGGCAAAACUGACCAGAAUAACGGAUGGUUGGUGGUAUGCCUCGAUUAUAUCGUGAAGCUGGUUUUCUUCAAGGCUGAAAAGUACUCCGAUUUAUACAGCGACAAAAUUGCCAAAAUUUCACAAGACAGAAUGACUUCGAUUCUGUCAGAAAUCCUGCAUCUUCAAAGAAAAGAUGAUAUUUCGUGGACCUCUGGGAUCAUUCAGACGAUAGAGAAACUGGCACAAGACCCAGGCUUCGUUUUGAGAACCUCUUUCGACGAAGAAAUCGAGGAAUUUAAGAGUGACUCAAUGAAGACACUGAGCUCGAUCUGGUUGCUUAUAAAAGAUGCCAAAACCAAGGGACUAGACACAAAGCUUCUCAUGAGCUUUGACUUACUGUUCUCCAGUACUCUUCUUCAGCUGUAUAGUGGUGACGCAGAAUCAGUUGGUAUUUUUCAAGAGCUUCAAGUGGCAUAUGAAAAGGUUUUUGCUGGUGAAGAUGAGAGUGAUAAAGAAGAGGCUACUGGAAUUUUACUAGACAUUUUACUUUCAUUCUUGACACAGCACUCGGUAUUCAUGAAGAAGCUGGCUAUGACGGUUUGGGAAUCCAUACUGGGAGAUAUCAGCGAGUCGAAUUUGGAGGUUUUGUAUGAAAUUCUGCUGACCAAGGAGAAUAAGCAAGGCCUCGAUAAGAUUUUCAACAGCGAUGAACAAUUUGAGCUGGAAGGCAGCAGUGAUGAUGGUGAAAGCAGUGAUGAGGAUGAGCAUGACCAUGAUCACGGGCCUGGCCAUGACCAUGGCCACAGCUCGGAUAAUGAAGACGACGACGAAGACGAAGAUGAAGACCAGUCUGAUAGCAGUACUGAUAACAGCGAAAAAAAUGCUCAAUCAGAUUCUGACGUCUCAGACUCCGAGUCACAGGAUGACCUUAAGACGGAAGUUCUCAUUGAAGAAGUCGACAGAAAGACCAACGUUGCACUGGCAGAAGCUCUUGGAAUUCCAGCCUCUGCUGAUGGAGAAGUCAAGUUCGACUCUUCUGACGAUUCAGACGUGGAAUCUGAUGUUGAGUCCAUGUCGGAUGAACAGAUGAUGGCCAUCGACUCACAAUUGUCCAUUAUCUUCAAGGAACGUCAAAAUGCCCUCUCUUCGGUCCAAUCAAAAUCUGGAAAUGCCAGAAAACUUGAGGUCCAAGAUGCGAAGAAGACGAUGGUGAUGUUCAAGAGCCGUAUCUUGGAUCUUCUGGAGCAGUUUGUGGACUCGCAGUCUGAGUCUUCUCUCAAUCUGACCAUGCUAUCGCCUUUGAUUGAUUUAAUUUCUCUCACUCAGGAGAAAACCAUAGGUGAAAAGGCCCAUAAACUGUUGAAGAUGAAAAUAUGCAAAACCAAGAUUAUUCUGGACCAGUCGUCUGGUUACGAGUCAUACAUUGAGUUGAUGCAAAAAUUCCAAGAUAAGGCAGAAAAAUCUGCAUUAGGAGCCCAUUCUAAUGCAUGCAAUCAAUCGUGCAUAUUCGUUGCAAAAACGGUAAUGAAAAAUUUCGGAGUUGGCGAGAAUGAGGAGUCUGUCCUGGAAAAACUAAUUGCAAUCUACAGUCUCUCUUUGAAGAAAUGGAGCAUUAGUGGAAGCAGCUCUAAAAUUCAGCCUUCUGUCUAUUUUGACUUCAUUAACUGGUUGUCUUCGAGAAGGUCACAUAGAGGCUGA